CCGAUUUUCAUAUAUCAGCAGUAAUGGCGGAAUCUGAUGUCGAAAUGUGGAAGAUUAAGAGGCUAAUCAAGUCCUUGGAAGCAGCUAGAGGUAAUGGUACAUCAAUGAUUUCAUUGAUCAUUCCACCAAAGGACCAAAUUCCACGAGUACAGAAAAUGCUUGCUGAUGAAUUUGGGACAGCAUCGAACAUUAAGUCUCGUGUAAACAGACAAUCUGUUUUGGCUGCAAUCACUUCAGUACAGGCUCGACUAAAAUUAUAUAAUAGAGUGCCUGAGAAUGGUUUGGUAGUCUAUUGUGGCACAAUUCUUACUGAAGAUGGAAAAGAAAGGAAGGUUAACAUCGAUUUUGAGCCUUUCAAACCUGUUAAUACUUCACUUUACUUGUACCUUUUGAUCGAUGACAACAAAUUUGGAUUUAUCAUUAUGGAUGGAAGUGGGUGUCUUUUCGGAACACUUCAAGGCAACGCAAAAGAAAUUUUACACAAAUUCUCUGUUGAAUUGCCAAAAAAACACGGUCGAGGUGGACAAUCAGCUUUGAGAUUUGCGCGAUUAAGAAUGGAAAAGCGCCACAAUUAUCUCAGAAAAGUAGCUGAAGCAGCUGUUGAAAUGUAUAUAAAGAAUGACAAAGUUAUUGUUUCUGGUCUGGUUCUUGCUGGAAGUGCACAAUUCAAAACAGAAUUGGGACAAUCUGAUAUGUUUGAUCAAAGGCUUCAAGCAAAAAUAAUUAAAACUGUCGAUAUUUCCUAUGGCGGAGAGAGCGGAUUUAACGAGGCAAUUGAACUUGCGGCAGAUACUCUAACUGAUGUUAAAUUUAUCAAAGAAAAGAAAUUAAUUGGUUCUUUCUUUGAUGAAAUUUCUCGUGACACAAACAAAGCAAUCUAUGGUGUUCAGGAGACACUAACUGCUUUGGAAAUGGGAGCAGUUGAAACACUUAUUUGUUGGGAGAAUUUAGCUAUUAAUAGGCCGUCAGCAGAAAAAACUUCUGACACUCCUGCUGAUUCAGCAGAUUCUGAGAACACACAAAACAACACAUAUGAAACUGAUACAAAUGUUUCUCUUCUUGAAUGGUUGGCAGACAAUUAUAAAAAAUUUGGCGCUACUUUGGAGAUUGUUAGCGAUAAAUCACAAGAAGGUGCUCAAUUUGUACGCGGUUUUGGUGGUUUAGGAGGUAUAUUGCGAUAUCAAGUUGAAAUUUCGCAAAUGGAAGAUUUAGAGAAAGGAAUUGAUGGCAUAGACCUGAGCGAAUAUUAA